GUUCGACUCCCGGUGAAAAAAGGAGAGUUAAAAAAUCAAUAGAGAGUGCUAGUCUGGAAACAGAAGAACCUGGCAAAAACUCUGAAGAAGAAAGCAGUGGCAGUGAUUAGGACAUGUCGGAGAGCAGUGCUUUCUGUUAAGAUUUAACUGGGUUGAGUUACAGUUGUGGACGUCAUGAGGCUUACUUUUUCUAUGCAGAGGCAUAAAGUGUCAAAGUAUAUGAUUGGAGGUGUUUUGGAUAAAGAUGCCUCUAUUGUCUCAACAUGCAAAAGCCAUCGCUUGAUGCUGCAUGCUCAACUUAUCAGUUCUUCUGGUACUGGCUCUUAUAAUAUCCUUCCUAUGGGCCUGAGAGCACUUGAUAAACUGUAUAAGAUAAUUGACAAUGAAAUGUUAAAUAUAGGAUGUUUGAAAAUGAGUUUGUCAUCUCUGUGCAGUGCAGCACUUUGGAAAAAAUCCAAGAGAUGGGAAGCUUUUGGAGAUGAACUCGUGAAACUUAAAAUGUCCAAUACUGAAUAUUGUUUAAACCCAACACACGAGGAGGUUGUGACAAAUAUGGUAGCAUCCACUGGAUUGAUUCCAGCAAAAAAUUUACCUAUGAAACUUUAUCAAAUAACAUCAAAAUUUAGGGAUGAGCCUCGACCUCGUUUCGGAUUGUUGCGAUGUAGAGAAUUUCUGAUGAAGGAUUUGUAUACAUUUGAUAAAGAUACAGAAUCAGCAAUGGAAACCUAUGAACUAGUCACACAAGCAUAUGAAAGAAUACUAAAAACAUUGGAAUUAAAAUAUAUAAGAGCUGCCUCAUCUUGUGGCAACAUGGGUGGAAAAUUAAGUCAUGAAUAUCUAAUUCCUGCUGAUAUUGGAGAGGAUAAAAUAUAUGUAUCUGAAGAUGGGGAUGCCUGGAAUGCUGAAUACGAUGAUUCUUUGGCUUUGAAAAUUUCUCAAACAACUGAAAUUCAAGCUAUUGAAAUAGGCCACACAUUUCUCUUAGGCCAACUGUAUUCUCAGAUCUUUGGGGCAAAUUUAAUAUCACCUGAUUCAAAGCGAUUGCCAUUACAAAUGGGAUGUUAUGGGCUUGGCGUAACAAGGAUUCUAGCUGGAUGUGUUGAACAUUUCUCUAAUGAUGAUAGCAUUCGGUGGCCAUAUGCAAUAUCCCCUUUCAAAGUUUGCAUUAUCCCUCCAAAACAAGGAAGCAAAGAACAAAAAUACUUUCAGAAUAUGGAUAUUGACCUUUAUAAAGAAAUGGAAGAAAAUCCCCUUUUAGAGGGUGAUGUCAUUAUUGAUGACAGAGAUAAUUACACAAUCGGAAAGAGAUUACAUGAUGCCAAGUUUAUUGGGUAUCCAGUAGUUCUCAUAAUUGGCAAGCAUAUCUUAGAUGAACAUUCCAAAGUUGAAGUCUUAUUACAAAACAAAAAUGAAAGUAUAUCCCUUCCACUAUCAGAAGUGGUGCCGGUAAUAAUCAAAGAAUUUGAAGAAGAUAGUUAUUAAACUGACCAUAUUGUCAAUUUAUGUAUUUUUGCCUAUUUGAUCAUUUGAAAUCCUUGAAUGAAAAAACGUUCAAUUACCAAAAA